AUGAAUGGUUGAAUUAUCGAACACUAAUCGUUUUGUGGAGAUGCCUGCGCCUUUUAUCCCAAGACACUCUAAUACCUGACAGAGACCCCCAGCAUAUGCUCAAGCAUGUUAACAUCCAGUUCAUUCCGAAACAUCGGAAACAGGUUUCCAGCGGAUAGCCAGCAAAUCAGAGGCAUCAUGCAAUGUUGGGUUUUCGCGCGGAACAAAGAGACUAAGCCAACCUCUCCGCAGCGAUCUAUCCAUUUCUCGGGGUGUUGUAUGCAAGUUGCCGCAGGACUGUCAGAUUUUAGUGUCCCUUAACUUGAUUAGGGUCAUAGUCCACCUUCUCCUCUGGGUUAUCCACUCCUCUAUUCCACAGGUUCCCUAUAAGCAAGUUGUCCAGUACCCGUCUUGCUUGCAACAAUGCCCUUCCAGUUACCAGAUGAUGAGGAUCCUUUCUUCAAACGCUUUUUAAUAAUGGUCUGGUUUUUCGCCGAGUUUUUGGUUGAGUUUAUAUUCCCGGCGCUUGUUGCCGUUUUCCUCCUCGGCGGAACCGUGAUGUUCUGUGGACUUCUGCUGGGGAUAAUACCAGAUCCCCAAAAGACGAAAGACCAGCAAGCGCUGAAAGAAAGUCGAACGGAUUCAACCGAAUCGGUCCAAGCGUUGGAUGAGAAAACACGGGUCAAUCUCGAGAUGGAAAUCCUGGAGGAGAUGCUACAAGCACGGCGCGUGAGGAUGGAGAAGCUAGUAAAGAGUGACUGAGGAGUAGCUAUCGUAAUGACGCCUCGAUCCUUUCACUGGCGGUAUCUCUCCCUAGUCGCCUUGGGGAGCUCCUGGUGGAUGACGAAGGGAAACACCUUGGACGGAGUGUUUGCCUCAUGAUGCAGAGAUAUUGGAUAUCCUCUAGGCAACAUGUAUUUAGGAUUCUUUUCUUCCUCUCCGUGCUAAAUAUUCGUC